GGUUUAGUGAAAACUGCUUCUAUCAGGGAUGGGGAGUGUUUUGGGGAGGUGCGGGAAUAUCAUCCAAGUCUAGCGGAACAUUCGUAAAGCACUCGCACUAUUUUCCUAAAGCACAUAACUACACAUGAAUGCUUGUUGACGGUGAAGGAGUAUUGGGGGUAGAAGACUGGGAUGAGAAUAUGAUGGGGAAUGGGCUAGGGCUGUGGCAAGGGGUAGGGGACUGAUUAUGAGAAGCAAUAAAAGGAGUGGGAAAUUUGGAAGAGGAAAGGACUUUGAGGGUGAGUAAGAAGGAUGUGGACAUGGAAGUGUGUGUAGGUGGUAAAGCAAAUAGAGAGCAGGGCCUGACAGUCCUGAACUCUACUUUCCUGUACACAUGUUAUGGAGGGCAUGCUCCUGGAGAGCGGGGGUGGUGUUUCAUCCCUUCUCUGUGACCCCACACAUAAGGGGGUAGUCUUGAACACAAUACAAGAUCAUGCCUCUGAAAGCCAUGAUACACCAAAUGAAGCAGCACUUCAGAAGGAAAGCCAUAUAGCAUUCACUGUCUGCCAUGGUGUGACACAGGAUGUUGGGAAAGAAGGACCUGGCAGCUAUGUUUUGUCACUGGCCUAUGCUUUAACUCUACAAUUCAGUUUUUCAGAGGUUUCCAGAUCUCUAAACUCAAAAGUCUGGAAGGACACAAGGCAAUUCAGGAUACACUUUAUACUGCUGUUCAGCCGACAAGGGAAGCUAAGACUUCAGAAGUGGUAUGCUACACUACCUGACAAAGAGAAGAAAAAGAUCAUACGGGAAAUUGUUCAGAUUAUUCUGGCUCGCAAUCAAAAGAUGAGCAGUUUUGUUGACUGGAAAGACCUGAAGCUUGUUUACAAAAGGUAUGCUAGUUUAUAUUUUUGCUGUGCAAUAGAAGACCGAGAUAAUGAGCUGCUGGCACUAGAAGUUGUUCAUCGUUAUGUAGAGCUACUGGAUAGGUAUUUUGGAAAUGUGUGUGAGCUGGAUAUUAUCUUUAAUUUUGAAAAGGCUUAUUUUAUUCUUGAUGAAUUUAUUCUGGGUGGAGAGAUACAAGAGACUUCAAAGAAAUCUGCAGUAAAAGCUAUAGAAGAUUCUGACAUGUUACAAGAGACAAUGGAAGAAUAUAUGAACAAACCUGCAUUUUAACUUUAAAUCCAUCUGAAGAGACAGAGAUGCUGCAUAUUACUUGUAAAGUUCAGUUGUUGAAAUUUGUUUUCCUAAGUGCCAGAUCCUCUGAGAGAUACCAAAAAGCAAUAACUAAAGGGAUUUGCUUGUAUAAUAGUCAAAAUGAAGGUCAUCUACAGCAGUGUAUGGGUCACAACUGCAUACCUGUAUUAUACUGUAUAUGAGUUUGUUAAACUGUUAUAAAACUUAAUCUAGCUACCAUCUUCGCCCCCUAGAGUGGAAUCCUUGUUUUAUGACUUCUGGCUACAAGCUUUUUCACUUGGAUAUUAAGAAAAUACUUGCAACAGAUAUUUAUACUAGUUUUGGUCUACUGCUGACUACACUACACUUUUUGUAGAAAUGUUCAUUAUUUUGAAUGUAAUGAUUGUCCUGGUCUAAUAAUUUUUCUAAAGACAAAA